AUGGAUGUCGACGGUGUCUUCCUCGGUGGCUUCCAUAUCGAUGCCCAGACCUUCGAGGCCCUUUUCGGGAUGGUCGUGGUUAUGGUGAUGCUUCGGCUUGAGCUUUUCAGGCGGGCGGUCAAUGGACGUCCAGGUGAUGCAGCUCCGUCAGCCGACAAGUACAAGAAACUUCUGCGGGAGUGCGCGCCAGAGGCAAUUGGCACCCUCGCAUGCAUCCUGCUGGUAGUUGCCUUGCGAUCCCGUGGCGACACCAUUGGCGAGUCCAUGGAUGAGCGCUCGCGCGAGGCCUGGGAGGCCAUCAAGGCCCAGUGGCCUGUGCUGAUGACGGCAGACACGCUGCUGGCCCUGCAGGUGAUGUUGCGGCUGAUCGUUGUUCUCUCUGCUGUUUUGCGAUCAGGAAGCAGCACGGCUUCGCCUUUGUUGGAUGAAUGUGCCGUGUUGUGGUUCGGAGGAGCUGCUGCAAGAUCAGUAGUUUUGAUGCAUAGCAAGGCUUACUGGCUGGAAGGACCUGUUGGUGGCCUCAUUCCCACCAUCUCGGAGGUUCUGCUGGCACCGUUGUUGUUUGUCCUGGGCAAGCGAGCCCUGCGUCGAUCCACCUUGACGAUGUUGCUGGUUGUGGUGUUGGUGGGUUUCUUCGCGCAGAGAAACAACAUCCAUUUGGCGGAAGAGCAGGAAGCCAAUCUGCUCUUCACUGCCGCGCACUGCUUCGAGCUCCUAUCAGCCGUGCUCUACCUUGGUCGAACGUUGCUGUCCGACAGUGACAGCCCCGAUUUACAAUUCUCUUUGACGUUUACGCAUCUGGUUAUGGUGGUGCAACAGAGUCUGGCCGUGUAUUUCUGGCUGCAGGCUUUCGAGCCGGACACCGUGAGCGGGACAGGGCUGGGAAUUGCUGCCAUUCAGCUAAGCUGUCUAGGCCAGCUUUGCGCGUAUUUGGCAGCGGCAUCUUUGCACAUAGCCACAUGGUCAGAUGCGUGCGAGUCCACUGACGGAUCGAUCAACUGGCCACCCCUUGUCCUGGCCCACUUUGGCAAGUUUGGAUGGGACGUGUGCAUCCAUGGCGAGACCGCCUGUCCUGGAGAGCCUUUCCUGCGCCUUGCCUUCGAUGGUUGCGCCAAGAAGUUUCAGUAUGCCGGUAAGGUCAUCAUAGUCGGCAGCUUUACACUCACGGCCAUUAAAUGUCGCUGGGGCUUCAAUUUCCUGCAUGAGUGGGCACCAACGGCACUGAGCAUUGCCGCACCUUGCACAUCACUUCGCCAAGUGGGGACGAUGUCCAUUUUGAGUGCCGCGCCGGAAGCCUCACCAACGAGUGACACCUUCGAGCUGAUAGCUGCGUGCACGUAUGCUUGGGGCACCACGACGGAAAUGGCCGGGGUUGGGAGCUACCAACACGGCGUCUGUUUAGUCUUCCUGGGCUAUUCGCCGAUUUGGGACGAGAACGGGUUCCGCCUCUUGGGCCAUGGAGGGGAGACUGGCGUAGGACUGCGUGUGGAAGCCACUGGUGCAACUUGCCAUGCUGAAGAGCUCAGUGCAAUCCCAGAGCAAAUCUUCCCGAACACGAAGAACCAUUGCCCAGAAGGGGACUUGGCCGUCAAUGGCUUUGGCCACUGCAUCGUCGAUGAUGUGCUCGGGCAAGUGAAGUCGCCAAAGUUGGCCUCUUCAGUCCGUACACGCUGUCGGGCUGAUGAGAGCCUGGGCGCUGUCGGAGCUGGCAGCGGCUUGGCCGCCGUUCUGGCGCUGGCCAUGCUCGGUGCGCCAGUGCGCGCGGCAGCAUUUGUCCUCCGCAUUCCUGCAGCAAGCAGCACCUCAGUGUCCAGAGUCAACACUCUCCAAAGAAUGGCUUCCUCGCCGAUACCGCCUUUCGACCUUGACGCAGAGCCGCUUGUGACCGGCUCGGUCGAGAUCUCCAACGAUCGGCUGAUUCAAGGCUUCUCCUGGCUGGUAGCUACAGUGAAGGAACAGAACCGUGUAAUGGAUGCGCUGAGUAGCCAGAUCGACAGCUUGAAGGUUGGUGCAGCUGAGCCCACGCACUCCAGUGAUGGCAGACGCGCAUCCAUGAAGGAGGAGAUGCUGUUGAUGCAGAUCAAUGCCAUAAAGCACGAGGUUGGCUCUCUCCCACGUUCGAGUGAUUUGGAGCGACAGCGCGAGCGCACCAUGGCAGAGGUUCACAACAUCUCCAACACCCUGAGCGACCGGAAUCGAGAGUCUUCCGAGCGCUUGCAGAAAGAGCUCGCCGAUGUGACGGAUUCAUUGUGCAACCAGUUGAAGCGCAUCGGAGACGAUGUCUUUUCAAGGCUGGAGAUCCUCGAGCAGCGACCGCAGGCACCGGGUCCUUCGGCGCCGGUGCAGACGCCGCCAGCUGCUGCAGCCGCUGCAGUUUUGCAGCCGCUGCCUGCGUCACAGCCGCAGGUGCAGGGCGGCAUUCCGCCCCCACUUCCAAACCCGAUCUCAUCCUCCAGCAUUGCAGCUGAAGACACUGAGGACAUCGAACUGUCGGAGCAUAUGGAGCAUCCAGCCGCAGCCACGGGAGGCGGCUCCCAGGUCGACCUGGCACUGAUGGAUGCCAUAACUGCGCGCCUGGAUGGGCUGGAGAGGCAAGUUCAGGACCUGCGGAAUGAGGUGCGACAACCGCUUGCAGCUGCAGAUGCUGGUCCGACCCCAGCUGUCCGAGAAACUGCGGAACCUCCCAUGGGCAACCCGAGCAGCUCUGCCGGAAACGCACCUGACGGCCAUGACGGACCUGUCAGCUCUGAUCCAAACGUAGCUUUCAUGACAGCUCCACCAAACUCCGCCGAUGCAGCUGCAUCUCCCGAGCCGGCUCCUGUGCCGUCGCAGGGGGAGACGAAUCGCGGUGAUCCGAUCCAGGAUGUGAGUGCAAUUAUUUCUGCAGCUGUUGCUGCUGCUACAGAUGCUGCCACUACAGUGGCAACUCAGGCCAUUGCUGAAGCAGCGCAGGGCGAGCGAGGAGAUUUUGCAUCUCUUCAGGAGGAGAUGCUCAACGUGCGACGAAAGCUGGAGACUCUUGCCCAGAGUGUGUCCGAAGUACCGAGAUCGCAGGAGGCGCAGGUCCAAGAGACACCAGUGCGGGAGGUUCAGCCGACACAGGCAAACCCUGGAACGCAAAGUGAAUCCGGAGCUCAAUCCGCUGCUUUGGCGUCUCUACAGGAAAGGUUAGCUUCGGUGGAAGCUGCUUUGAAGCAGGUUGAGGGUGUCGUACCACAGGUCAGGACCGUGCCUAUCCUGGAAGCGAGCAUCCAAACUGUGCAGCAAUCGCUUGAGGUGCUGCGCCAGCAAACACAGCAGCUGUCGCAGCCACCACCACAGCCACAGCCCGCCAGUGAUGCAAAGGCCGUCACUGCCACCGAAAAGGAGGCUGCUCGCAGCGAGCUGCCGGAGCCAGCACCGGAAGAUGCAAGACACAAGGGCGCUUUGGCAGUUUCCGACGAGGAGCUCGAAAGACUGAUGGCUCGACUGCAAGACAUGGAGGAGCUUCAGGAGAAAGCAGAAAAAAGGAUCCAACAAGUGGAGGGUCGCUUGCGAGAGGUCCGAAGCCGAAGUGGGUCAGUCAGCGUGGACAGGAAGAUGCCAGCCAGCCGCAACACAACAUCGAUUACUGCUUCAAAGACAUCUGAGCCGUCUGCUGAUGGAUCCGUCGGUGGCUCCUGGAAGGAUGUUCAGGCCGAGCUGGAAAGAUUUCGGAAACUCUUCGAGUUCAUCGAGGGGGUGCUUCCCCAAGAUGCAGCUGAAGCAAUGCGAUUCUUCAAUCGGCGUGAAGCAGGCAAGGAAGAAAUGUCCGGGAUGAUUUCGGAAGUAUUUGGAGCAGAUAUCGAGUUCCAGAAUGCCAAGUCGCAGCUGGAGAGCGACUUCAAAAUGCACACUCGCGAGCUCCGACGAGAGUUCGACAAGCUCACUUUGGCGCUGAAGGGCUUGCAGCGAGAUGUGGACACAUCCGGCAGCAAAGUGGUGGACCUCUCCAGACGGACGUCGCAACUUGAGACGGAGGUCCGAUUGUCGCCGGCUGUGGCAAUAUCUUCUAUGGAGAUACCGCGACGGCCACCAGCACAGUUGGCCACGGGAUUCAUCGCUUGUGGUCGCAGCGGGCAGAGCAGAUCGGAUGACUCCGAGACACACGGCGAGAUCAACUCCGAAGACGUCCGCUCUAACUUCAUUCUUAUGAGUGUCUGCUUUGCUUUGAACCACGGGGUAGUCACAACGCCGCUUGCGGUGGCAACGACUCUCCUGCAGCUUGACAUUGCGAAUUUCGGAAAUGGUCUUCUCUAUGCGGUCACACUACUUAGCUCGCUGUUCCUUGGUGCUCCCACAGUGGGUAGAUUUGGUCCGAAGGGCGGACUGGUGUUCGGAAUGUUCUUCUACUGCAUCUACAUCGGCCUUUUUGCAAUGGCGCUCUUCUACGGAGAUGCUACACAGCUUUUGUUCACUAUAGGAUCAGCUUGCGGCGGGCUGGCCGCAGGCGUCCUGUGGACAGCUCAAGGCGCUUACUUUGCAUGCUCCGCAACUGAGCUCUCGAAGAGCACAGAGCAAAGUCGAGAGAAUGCCACGGCUGAGCUGUCCAGCCAGUUCGCAUUCUACUACCUUCUUUUGGAAGUCUUCAGUAAGCUAGGAUUUUCCGGUUUGCAGGCAUUGGGCCUGCAAGUCUCUCAGAUCGGCUUGAUUUACUUUGGAGCCGGCGUCAUUUCCUUGAUCGGCAUGACUCAAGUCUACGACUUCCGCUCUAGUUCAGGGAGCGCAGAUCCACUCAGCAAGGCCCUCGCGGCCACAUCGUUAUGGUCAGAUCCCACCUUGUGGCUUCUGGCCCCAACCAACCUUGCCUUCGGGUUCUGUGCAGCUUACAUGAAUGGGUUUGUCAACGCCACCUUUGCUGCUCAAGAGCUUGGUGCCGAAUAUGUUGCCUUCCUUGGAGCCGUCACAGCCCUUACUGCUGCAGUUCUCGCCAAAGCUUAUGGUCCCUUGGGAGCUCAGAUUGGCAAGGGCCCCAUCAUCAUCACAGGUGCAGUUUGUGCUUUCGCGAUUCCGGCUCUGACCUGGCAAGGCUGCACGGGAUGGGGCUGGUUUUUGAUAUCCUUGUACUUUUUGCAGGGAUCCUUUCGGGCGGUGUAUGAAUCAACAAACCGAGCGACAUUUUCUGAUUUCUUCCCAGGGGAGAAAACGGAGGGAGCAUUUGCCAAUUGCAUGUUGCAGUCUUCUCUUGGUUUCGCCACAUGCUUCUUCCUGCAAAACUCACUGAGCCCCACACAGCUCUCGACGAUCGUGGUCGUCCUCGCACUGUCAACUCCCGUCGGCUACCUCUUCGCAGAGAGCUUGCGCUCCAAGGACCCGCAUCAGGAACCGAGUCCACGCGGUCCAGCCGAAGGCAGACGCGACAGCAAGGACAUCCGCGAUAAGGCACUUCAAGGUAUGUCCCAAGAGCUGCAGCGCGCUAUGCAGGAACUGCGUGAUGAGAUCCGGCAGUGGAUAGAACUGUUCAAGUCCAGUGUGGUGCAAGCCCUGCAAUCGAAGCCUGAUCACGAACAAGUUGCGGAAUUUGUCAAGCAGGUGGUGGGAGCUUCGGCUGGCGAGAAAGUUGCAUUGUUUGCCAAGCGCCAGCUACUAGGCAAAUGCGCAUCUUGCUCAGCCCCCAUCGAUGUUGACUUGCUGCGCGUGAAGAGACCGCAACCGAUCGGGCUGCAGGAGCACUGGCCUCCUGGAGAGAACCUUGGAGCCAAGGUGGCCAUACGACCCUUAAACGCAGGUGGCGUGAGUCCAAACAGGCUGCCAAAGAUCAACGAUGCACGCCACCGUGACAAUCCCAAAGCAAGGGGCAUGAAUCCAGACGCUUUAAAAGGUCGAGUGCAUCCACACCUGAACUCCGCAAAGAUCAGGAGCCAUCGGCUGAUGCUGCAUAACACUUGCCAAGCAAGAAGACUGUGCGGAACACCACUGAGUGGUUGCUACGCAGAAUAA